AUGGAUCUAAUUGAAAGGUUGCAAUCUUUUAUACAAUCAAACGAAAUUACUGCUUUAUCUGUUAAUAUAAAUAAUAUAAAUAAACCUCAACAUGAUUUAAAAUAUAUUGAAUCAAGUUGUAAAAAAUCAAUUGAUACUUUAAUUAAAUCUUUUGAUCAUCAACAAAUAUCAUCAAUUAAUUUAUAUUUUAAAUCUUUAUAUAUAAUAUAUCAAAAUGAUUAUGGUAAUUUAUUAAAUACUAUACGAAAUCAUCAUAUGUUAAUUGUGAAUUUGUUUGAAUCAAAGCAAAUUAAUGGUGUGAUUAUACAAUUGAAAAUUAUUCAUAAACAAUUUAAAAGAUUAUUAGAAGUUAACUCAGAUAACGUGUUUUAUGGUAUACCUUUUGUUAAAUCAAAUGAUGAUCAAUUAAAUCAAUUAGUUAUAGCAUUUCAUUUUUUUAUUUUACAAGCUAAAUUACUUUAUAUAUCGAAAAAUUUGAAAAUUAUACUUUCGAAUAAUGAUGAGUUGAUAAGUUUAAAGAUGGUUGAAUCAAUUCCAAAAUACUUUUUAAGUACAAGUAGUAUAAUGAAAUGGCAACAAUUGUAUAAUAAUGAAAAAUAUUUGAAAAAUACUGAAAAAUUGAUCCAGGGGUAUAUAAAAUUAUUUAAUAAUAUUAGGUCAAACAAGUUUGAAAGGUUGACAAAUUGUUUAAGAAUCAAAUUGAUUGCUCUUACAAGUGAUACUUCAAGCAUACAAGAUAUGGAUUUAACGUCUGACAUAAUACAUUUCAUUAAUGACUCAAAAAUUAAUUUAAAUACAGUUUUAGAGGCACCACAAAGUGAAGCUAGUAGCUCAUCAACAUUAGUCAAUGAUGAUAAUAAACUACAAGAAUUGAAAGCUUUAAAAUUAAAUAAAGAAAAUGCAAGAUUGAUGACAUCGUUUUUUCAUACUUCAAUAACUGAGAUGAAUUUACUGAAUUUACAAUUAUCAAUACUUGAUUCAUUGACAAUAUAUCUAAAAGACAAUCUUGAUUUAGUGCCGUUGCAAAAAUUAUUUGAUAUUUAUGCACAUUUUAAACAAAUUAAAAGAUCAAGAAAUUUAAGUAAUAUAUUAUUUAAUAAUCAGUUAUGGGAAUUAUCAAUUGAAUAUGAAUCAAGAGUAUUUCAUAUAAAACCUUCAAGACAGAGUUUAAACUGCUUGUUGGAUAAGUUUAAGCAUUGUGAAGUUAAUCAAAACAUAUUAAAUUUGGUCUUACAUGCAUGUCAGACAAUGGAAUUUAAUGAGCAAAUAAGCCAAAUCGUAUGCCCAAAACUAAAAGUAGGUUUAAUUAUAGACAACGGUUUGAAAGAUGAGUUUAAGUUCAGUUUAGUCACUGAAAUUUUCAAAUUAUCUGAUGAACCACUAUGUAAUAGUAUAAUUAAAGACAUUUCUUUCACUGACAAAUCUUUACAGAAGCAAGUACAGUAUAAUUAUUACAAUGCCAACAUUAACCAUUUAAAUUUAGACUUUAAACCAGACAAUUUAUUAAUUCAAGCUGGGUUCCAAUUACAAAAAUUAUUGAUAAAUUAUGACAAUGAAUUACAAAAUAUAUGUUUAACUAAUUUUGCAACUUGGGUAACUGAAAAUACUGAAUUUACAGAGUUUGAGUAUUUAAUUUCAAGACAUUUAUUAUUAUAUUUCAAAUAUUCAGGUGUUGAUACUGGUCUGUUAAUCGAUUUAUAUUCAUCAAAACCAAUAACUAAAGAAUUUAAAGUAUUUUUACAAAUGAUAUCUGGUGAUUUAACAAGUCUAAGUCAGUUAAUGAAACAAGCAAAUGUAAAUUUAAAAGCUGUUUUAACUUUUCAAUUAUUACAAUUUGAAAUAAAUCCAUCUAAAGAACUAUACAACAAAAUUAAGAACAUACUUGAAUCACGAUCUGAAUUUGAUAUGUCAUCAUCGAGAAACUUGCCAGUAUUAGAUAAAUUUCAAAACUUUUUAAUAUUGGGAAAAUUUCAAUAUUUGACAAGUAAAUUUAAUACCAAUCCAAUUGAUAAAUAUUUACAUUUGAAAACAAGUAUACAAAUACUAUAUUCAAUUCAAAAGAAAUGUGUCAAUGGUUUACCUAGAUUUGAAACAUUAGAAUUAAAAUGGGAAAUUACACAUUUAAUGUUUAAUUGUUAUGAUUCCAUAAUACAAGUAUCAAUAGACUUAGGUAUUUCAAGAGACAUUACAUAUUAUAUUAAAGAAUGGAAGAGCUUAAAUGAAGCAAAUAUAAUACCAAUAAUAAAUGAAAGAAAUAAUCAAACAAUUGAAUAUUAUAACAAAUUAAUUAAUGAACCUUUAAUUAAUCAAGUUGAUGAAACCCAGGAAAUAAAAUUUUAUCCUGGUUUAUUACAAGGUUCAUCAACUGGAGAAUUGGAAGAAAUUAACAACUUGAUAGAUUUAAAAGAUAGAUUAUUAAAUGAAUUAUAUACAUCACCAUCUCAAAAAUCAAUACAUGCUUUAAAUCAUUGUAUUUUAAAACUUUCAUCAAUUACAAUUUCAAAAGAAUCAGAAUUAACUUCACAAUUAUUGUUCCUUGAAGAUUAUGUUAAGUACCUACCUUUUGAAAAUGAGUCUACCAUAUAUAAAAACAUGAAAGAUGGUGAUUAUCUACCACAAGAUCCAAUAAGCAUAGAAUCAAUAGAAUCAAAAUAUCAUAACUUCAAUAUUGAUUUGAAUUUAUACCUUCCGGCAGAUUAUUCAAUUGUAUCAAUUGAUAUUUGUUCAAUUACUGGAGAUUUGUUAAUUAUGAAGUUGAUUAAAGGUACAUCACCUUUCUUUAUUAGAAUCCCAAUUGGAAAAGAUACUUUUAAAAAUCUUAAAUCUGAGUUUUAUGAAAUUAUAUCUAAGUCAAGUUUCCUAACUAAGAAAAUCACAACUUCACAAGUUGUAACAAAGGAUGAUAGGAAAGCAUGGUGGAGAAAAAGAUUUGAAUUAGAUUUUGAAUUGAAGGAUUUAUUUAAUAAUGUUCAGGAUUGGUUUGGUGAUUUUAUCAAUCUAUUUGAAGUUGAAGAUGAUGAAAUAUUAUUUCCAAAAUUUAAAAGAGAAUUAAAUAAGAUUGGAAUUUAUUAUCAUGAUAUACUCAUGAAAUGUAUACUAUCAAGCAAGGAAAAUGAUCAAUUAAUAAAACUAUUAAAAGUAUCAGAUAAACAAAAAAGAUCAAUCAAGAUCCUAAUUGAUAAAUAUCAAAAAUUGAGAUAUUCAAAAACAAAGAGCCACACAAUACUUAUUCCAUCAUCUAAAUGUAUAUUCUUUUCAUGGGAAUCAUUAUCCAUAUUUGAAAAUAAAUCAAUCAGUAGAAUGACAUCAAUUCAUCAGCUCCUCAAUCAAUUAAAAGCCACCAAACUUUCCAAUUUCUCAAAUGUUUAUUAUUUACUCAACCCAUCUGGUGAUUUAAAAAAUUCAGAGAAUAGAUUCAAAGACAUAUUUCAACAAUCAAAUUGGCAUGGGAAAAUCAGUGAAAAACCAACUGAAUAUGAAUUUUUGAAUAAUUUACAAAAUUGUGAUAUGUUUAUAUAUAUUGGCCACGGAGGUUGUGAAAAUUAUUACAAACCAAUGAAAAUGUAUAAAGCAUUCAGAAACAAGAAUCUACCUCCCAGUUUAUUAAUUGGUUGUUCGUCAGGAUCUGUUACAAAUUAUGAGAAUUUGAAUUCUUAUGGGAAUUUCUUCAAUUGGGUGAAUAAUAACGUUCCAUCUAUGUUAGUCAAUUUAUGGGAUGUUACAGAUAAAGAUAUAGAUUUAUUUACAUUGUCAAUGUUAGAGAAAUUUGGAUUAAUUAAUAAAAACGUAAAUGAAAAGAAGAAUUUAAGUCAAGCAGCUUUGGAAAGUCGGUCAAAAUGUGUUAUGAAGUAUUUGAAUGGUUCCGCUCCUGUUAUUUAUGGAUUACCGAUAUCUAAAUAA